CUGGUCACACUGGCUAACGAUGAUGACGACACAAACAAUUCGUUUUAAAACUUUCUUACGGACGUAAAAAUGCGCAACCACGCUGGCAGCACAGCGUACGCACACGUAAUUGGAACAAAUGUUUGCUGAACCACUUCCGCCCACUCAAUGUAAGCGCCAACGACUCUUUCACCGCCGCCGUCGUCGUCGCCGCCGCCGGACUAUUUUGUUUACUAUUUAUUUACACAAGUGCAGUCGUCGAUAGCUCUUAAUUUCGGAGUAACAAUACUAUCCAGCUCAUUGUCUGACUAUCGUUUUUGCAUACGCGGCCAGACACCCACGAGAAAUCAAAAACAAGAGACCAGUGAAAGUAGGAAUAAUCCCCGGCAAAAUGUUGGCCCAUUCCGCCCAUGUGAUGACGCUGGCCAACAGCAUUAUAGGCGUUGGAAUCUUGGCCAUGCCUUUCUGUUUUCAAAAGUGCGGCAUCCUGCUGUCCAUCGUUCUUCUCGUGCUGAGCAAUGGAAUAACCAGGAUUUGCUGCCACUAUCUUAUCAAAACAUCGCUGCUGACACGUAGAAAGAGCUUCGAGAUGCUGGGUCUCCAUGCUUUCGGCGUUUCCGGCAAGUUGCUGGUGGAGCUGUGCAUCAUUGGCUACCUGAUUGGAACGUGCAUCACGUACUUUGUGGUCGUUGGCGACCUGGGGCCUCAGAUAAUUGCAAAGAUUUUCAAUCUGAACGUGGCAGAUCACCUGCAUCUGCGAAGUCUGGUCAUGAUCGUAGUCACGGUGGUCUGCAUAAUACCUCUUGGCAUGCUUCGAAAUGUGGACAGUUUGUCCGCCGUGUGCACCGCCUCCAUAGGUUUCUACGUCUGCCUUAUUCUAAAGAUUGUGCUGGAAGCUCAUCCCCACAUUUCAGCCAAUGACUGGACUAAUAAGGUGCUAUACUGGGAGCCGGCUGGUGUCCUUCAAUGUCUGCCCAUCUUCAGCAUGGCGCUUUCCUGCCAAAUGCAACUGUUCGAGGUUUUUGAGAGCAUAAACAACCAAAGUCUCGAUAAGCUGAACGGCAUCGUGCGCAACGCCACUUGGAUCUGUACCUUUGUUUACAUAUCCGUUGGUUUUUUCGGAUAUGUGGCCUUCUGUACGCACACCUUUUCGGGCAACAUUCUGGUAAAUUUAUCGACCUCCUUUGGCAGCGAUAUUAUAAAAAUUGGUUUUGUUCUGUCGAUUGCCUUCAGUUUUCCAUUGGUUAUCUUUCCCUGCAGGGCCAGUCUUUACUCGCUGCUAUACAGAAAGGGUCACUCGGAGAGUAGUAGUUACAUACCCGAACAACGCUUCCGCUUUAUCACUAUCUUCAUAGUAGUCUUUUCGUUAUGCGUGGCGUUGGUUAUACCUUCCGUGGAGCUGAUCAUUGGGUUAGUGGGUUCUACUAUUGGCGUUGCCAUUUGUAUUAUGUUCCCAGCCUCCAGUUUUCGAAAGAUUAUCAAAAAGGAAUCAAUGGAACGUACGCUGGCCCAGUUUGUGUUCGUAAGUGGAUUUCUUCUGAUGAUAUUGGGAACAUACGCCAACUUGAGUGCAAUUGAUGAGAAGAGCUCGGGCCCGGAGUUCGAUAUAGUUCCGAUAGUUACCCCCCUGUAUCCGGAUGGUCAGGUACCCGCUAUCGUCGGCGAGUUACCAAAACAUUUGGCCAAAGAUCCGAUUGAAAAUGAGAAGAACGUAUUGCUAAAAAAGCUGGAAGUCCAAAAACCGGAUUUAAUUAAGGAAACUGUAGAGGAAAAGAUACUUGAUAAGCCAAAGGUAGUUGAAACCGCUGCCUCCGACAACCCACCGUUGCCUCCACUGCCCAUCGAUGAAGUCCACGUUGUUCCCUUAGAAAGUAAUAAAGCUGCAAGUGAUCUUAAAAAACAACCGGCGGAGGCCCAAUACCAACCAGAAGCUAAACCAGCUGAUGUUAACCUGGCUGUAGAUAAGCCCAAGGAGAAUCCACCUGCCAUCGUUGCAGCACUAUCGGAUACUCCGAAAAUAGAAUCAAGUAUGUUAUCAGCAAGCAAUACGAUUGAUGGAGCGGCCAUAAAGAAAGAAGAGGACGUUGCCGCUGAGGAGCAAAAGGAGAGUAAGGCUAAUGCGGAUGAGCUUAUUAAAACACAGAAAGAAUUAAAAGAGACAAAGAAACUGCUGGCCAAAACCGUUGGAGAGCUUAAUGAAGAGCUGGCUAAAAAGAAUCCUCUGAGCCAACCUUUGGAGUUGGAGAAAAAGGAACCCUUGGAGGCUAAAGUCGCUGAAGAAUCAAAAAAAAUGGAAAGCGUACUCAAGGAACCGCAACCUGUUGCUGGGGCAAACGAGGAGCGCAAGCGCAAGGCAUCUUUAAUAGAUAUACUCACGGAAAAUACUCAUUUGCGCGAUGAGAAAGAGGCCCAUGCCGGCGUUUUUGAACCGCUCUCGUACAAAACUGGAGAGCUACUCAAAAACUCGAGCGUAAAUACAGCAGAUUUGAUCAAGCGGUUGCCUAUUCCAUUGGCUCUAAUGGUGAAUGCAACCCAGCUAAAAGCAAUAAAUGACACGGAAAUUAAGAAACCCAACCUCGAAGAUAACGUUGAGGCUAUACGGAGAGAACUGCUUAACCUGCGAAGUUCGGGAGAUGUGACUGAGCCACCACCGGCGAGGGUUAAACGUGAAGCCUCGAACGAGGAGAACUGUCUCCGCCAGCCAAAGCUGGAUAUAGUGAAUAACAAUGCGGCCGCCGUUGCCUUGAGCUUGAACCUGCAGAGUAUUGGACGCGAUCUCAAAUCCAUCAAAGAUGACGAUGUCGAGAUAACCACUGAAAACGAAUCCUACCAAGCGAGUCCGAAUGGAACUCAAAUACCCCUGCUUACGUAAUGUGGAAAGUCUAAAAGUUAUGCAAAGCUUUAUGUACAUAAACUAUACACGUAUUUAUUUAAUUUAUAAGAGAUUGUAGACUAUGAGUAUAUACAAAUAUAUAUACAUAUACAGUUCA